AUGCCAAGAUCCUCGUUAGCGCAUCUUCCCCAUCGCCCCCUUCGUCUCCACCUCUGGCAGGCAGCAACGGGAGCAGCAGUAGCAGGUACAGGUGAAGCAGAUCCAUACAUUUUCAAGGCUACUCAGUUGAAGUGGGAGUUUGACGAGGACAGUGGCUGUAUGUAUGUGACGUACCCCGACGACUAGAGGUCCUUGGUCGUGAUCGUGGGCCUAGUGAGGGAGGAACAUUGCUUUUGUUGUCUAUCUUGUCCAUAGUGUGACCCUGCCUUCUGAAUGAUUUGAAUAAAUGUACCGUGGAUCUUGUAACUUAAUUUGUGGCGAGUGUAAAUCAAAUCUUAUUACUCA